GCCCGAGAAGCAGGAGAGGGAUGGCUGAAGCCGGGGACGGCGCCGCCGCCGCCGCCGACACCCCGAGGCCGCUUGGCCGGGGCAGCCGAGCCCUGGGGGAGCUGGGCGGCGGCACUCAGGCCUCGCACAGGCUCCUGGCCUACAGCGACGCGUUGCUCUCCAUCAUCGCCACCGUCAUGAUUUUGCCUGUGGCCCAUACAAAGAUACAUCCAGAUCAGAAAUUUGGGGAAAGCGUUCAACAGCUCCUAGCCACCAAAAUUGCCGUCUAUCUGAUGACUUUUUUAAUAGUCACCGUUGCUUGGGCAGCUCAUGUCAGACUUUUCCAAGUUAUUGAACUCAUAGAUGAUGUACUUGCCCUACUAAAUUUGGCAUGUAUGAUGCUCAUUACUUUUUUGCCGUAUACGUUCUCCUUAAUGGCCUCCUUUCCCGGUGUACCCUUCGGCAUUUUCAUGUUUAGCAUCUGUGCUGUUAUAAUCGGCUGUAUCCAGGCAAUCAUCGUAUUGUAUGGCUUCCACCAUCCAUAUUUACUUAAUCAUCAAAUACAAGAGUCCGAAAACCAGGAAUUUUAUAAAUAUCAUAUCCUGAAGAUUAUACUAAGGGGACCAACACUGAGCUUUCUGGCUGCCAUCUUCUCAUUUUUCUUUAUCCCUUUGUCUUACAUGUUCCUUGGGCUCGUUAUUUUUUUCCCACAUCUCAGUCACCUAACCAAAUGGUUUAAAAGCAAGUUUCUUGGUCAAGAAGAAGAGGUCCCUCUGGAAUCAUUUACUUUUUAUCUCACUGAACCCCUUAGUAAGGAACGAGUGGAAGCAUUCAGUGAUGGAGUUUAUGCAAUUGUGGCAACCCUGUUAAUUCUGGAUAUAUGUGAAGAUAAUGUUCCUGAUUCUAAAGAGGUAAAAGAGAAAUACCACGGUCAUCUCAUCGAUGCUUUGAGUGUAUAUGGCCCAAAUUUCCUGGCCUACUUUGGCUCUUUCGUAACUAUUGGCCUUCUCUGGUUUGUCCACCAUUCGCUUUUCCUUCACGUGACGAAAGCGACUCGGCUGAUGGGCGUCCUUAACACCCUUUCCUUGGCGUUCGUUGGAGGCCUGCCUCUGGCUUACCAGCUGACCAGUGACUUUGCAGAUAAGUCUCACAAUCAAAUAGAAGCCAUCCAAGUGAGCUGUGUGACCAUUUUCUUCGCUAGCAUCUUCCAGUUUGGCAUAUGGACGGCGGCUUUGUUCCACGAAAGGGAAAGCUUGCACCCUUUUGCUCGGUACGGGGGCAGAGAGCACGCCUUCAUGUUUGCCAAGCUGGCGCUCUACCCUUGUGUAAGCCUUGCAGUCUUCAUCCUAACCUGUAUUGUGAGUGAACUGAGUACAACCAUUUUUCACCUCACGCAGAUCAUUGUCCCCUUUGCUUUCCUCGUGUUGCGCCUCUUUGUCAGAAUUGGCUUGAUGGUGUUGAAGCUCAUAAUGUCUCUGUCCAGACCAAGGGGCAGCGUAUUAGAAGAAGAAGAGCAAGCGUGUUUGUCUCCUGCUGAAAUACUGUCCUAGUUUUCCUUGCCCUUUACUUCGAAAACCGUGGUAUUGCUAUGUCUUCAACAAGCCUGGUCAAAGCAACGGGUUCCUACAUUCAGCCUUUAGCCAAGCCAGGUCCCUCUCUUUGCGAAACAUAAAAGCUUCCAGUACUUGAAAUGCAAACCCUAGGGAUGGAGCGUUAUCAGAGCCCCACUGCUCAGAUUUUGCUUGCAGACUGGCAUUCGGGUCAGUGAAUUUUGCUCAGAUGAUGUUACUUAUGAGAGAGAGCCCUGUUGGAGGAGGGACAGGUUGGUUGGGAAGAGUCAUGGAGGAAGAGCAGGAAAUUUGAGGGAACAUUAUGGCAUCGGCGCUCUAUUUGUGAGGUGCUGAAUGAAGUCAAGUGUCUGCUGUCAUAGCUAAUAAAGGGGAUGAGCCGAUGUGAACAUACAUGCUAGCUCCAUGUCAGUGAAUGAACAACAGGGUGUGGGGGACGUAUACUAAAUUGUUACAUACUCCAGGGUGUGUCUCUUGCAAGUAAAUCAACCACUGUACCAUGUAAUACACCCUGGAUUAUUUGCUCUGGAAUGACAGUGAAUAUAUAUGAUAGAAUAGUAGAGUUGGAAGGGGCCUACAAGGCCAUUGAGUCCAACCCCCUGUUCAAUGCAGGAAUCCACUUUAAAGCACCCCUGACAGAUCCCUGUCCAGCUGCCUCUUGGAUGCCUCUAGUGUGGGAGAGCCCAUGACCUCCCUAGGUAAUUGGUUCCAUUGCCAUCCUGCUCUAACAGUCAGGAAGUUUUUCCUGAUGUCCAGCUGGAAUCUGGCUUCCAGUAUGGUGUUAGGCCAACUGGCUGUGAAUCCACAAAACAAAUUGCUAUCGAGGGCAGUAAAAGAAGGUUCAUUCAGGGUUGGAAAAAUCUAAGGAAACCUAAUUGCGUAGGAUGCUAGAAAUGUGCCUAGGAAUGAGGAAAUCUUACAUCACUCUUUGCAGGGCUCAUGUGGGUUCUAGCAGAUAGUUGAGCCUGGCCCAGUGCUUUCACAGAGUUGGAAGGGGGCAGUUAGGCUACUUGAGUCCAAUCUCCAGCUUAGUGCAUGAAUCCAGUUUAAAUCAUUCCCUGAUAGAUGGAUGUCCAGUCUCUGCCUGAACGCUGCCAGUGACGGAGAGCCCACCAUCACCCUGGUAUUGCCUGGCUGCUCUGACCAUUAGGAGAUUUUCCCUAAUGUCCAACUGAAAUCUGCCUCCUUGUAACAGAAGCCCCUUAUUUCACAUCCUACAGUUUUGGAUGACAGAGGACAGGUUGCAGCCCUCUUCUGUGCGACAACCCUUUAGGUACUUGAAAGCAUAGUCUAGAUGUUAAAUAUUUUCCCCAGCUCUGGCUUCCUAGCCCUGUCUUCUGUAUGUCCUGCUGGGACAUUUCCAGUAGAGCAGCCUUUCUCAACCUGGGGCACUCCAGAUGUGUUGGACUACAACUCCCAG